UUGAAUGUUGGUAAUCAUUACGGAUUGGACAACGAUCUUCAAAAUAAUCUAAAAUAAUGGAGGUAAUAUAUGUAAAGAAAUGAAAUUUUUAAGAGAAAUAAUAAGAGAUAUUGGUGAUGUGAGAACUUAAGUGUAAAAAUCAAAAAUACAAUGUAAUUUUAUCUUGUACAAUAAGAAUGCGCCUUAGCUUCGUAAGAACAUUACUCGUACUUGCGUUAUUGGGAAAUAUAAUUAUUUGGCACAGAAUAUGGAGGUUAUUCGCUGCACAAAAUACGUUAGGAUUAUUAACACCUGGUGUAGUGACAAAUGAUCCACCUCAAAAAUUGCAUCGUCGUUUAUCUCGUCUUGUAACUAUUAUUAUACGUCAAUUUGAAAGUUUUGAAAAUGACGUGGUGUCUACCGUGGAGUCUGUCUUGAAUUCCUUUCCUACCAUUCCAAUAUUAAUAAUAUGCGAUGAAUUGCCAUAUCCUCCAUUGGAAUUGCAUUUGGAAAAUGAAACAUUACACAAUGUUAAACUUAUCACCUUGCAAACUGAUUUUAAUAAAACAUAUGAGGAAAGGAAUCCUAUGUUCUAUAUACGCACAAAAUUUGUCUUGUUUCUACCUGAUGCCAGUCGAGUAUCUACAAAACAAAUUCUACAGAAUAUUAUACAAAUAUCUGAAUUUGGGAUAGUGACUAUACCUGUAGGUAAAGUUACUUUAUCUUGUCUCGCUGUGAACUUGAAGAUUAAGGAAUGGAGCUUACAAUUUGCUCAUUCCUCUGACAUGAAAUGUGAUUUUGUAGUUGGGAAACAUGCAACGAUGUUAGAAGUUAAAACAUUAAGAAAAUUGUCCGAUCCUUUUCUAUUACCUUUUCCAGAUGCAUUGUAUAUACAAACAGCAGCUAUUGGUACAAAGAUUCAUAUUCUGAAAAAUCAUCAAUUCAACGAGGGAAAGCCAUUAUAUAGAAAUCAACAAACUCAAUGGAAGCUGGAACAAUUACAUCAAAGUCGUGAAAGAUUAAUGUUUAAACAGUUAGGAAUUAAAAAAGUUACAAGGGCUUCCAAUUUUAUUGAAUGGUAUGGGUGUUCAAGAGAAACGUCUAGAUGUUUUGGGUCGGUAAUAAAUGGUAUACCAUCAUAUUUUUAUCAGAAUCGAUAUACGCCUCCUUGUUGUCUUGCUGGAUUAAGGAAAGUUGCUCAUCAUGUAUUUGAUAAACUAGACGAAGUUGGUAUUCGUUUUUGGUUAGAAGGAACAUCAUUAUUAGGUGCAAUGAAAAAUGGAGAUAUUUUACCAUGGGAUCAUGAAGUACAAAUAGGAAUAAAUAGAUUUGAUUUAGAAAGAUCUCCAUGGUUAGUUAAAGCCAAAGUUAAACCUACUAUAGAUAAUCAUGGUUUUGUUUGGGAAAAAGCAACAGAAGGAGAAUUUUUUAAAGUACAGUAUUCCAAAAUCAAUAAUUUACAUGUGAACUUACUCCCAUUUUAUCCAAAAAAUGGAUCUAUGGUUAAAGAUGCAUGGUUUAUGAAAAAUGAAGAUUUUCCAGAACAAUUUCUUCAUCCAAUGUCAAGCAUUGAAUUUGCAGGUAGACACGUUCCAUGUCCAAAUAACAUUAGAGAUUUUUUAGAGCUUAAAUAUUUUAAAGGAGUAGUAGAAAAUUCAAAGCUUCCAAGUAAGAUCAUUUUUAAUUAGAUACCAUUAUUAUUGCACUAAAUGCUAUUGAUGUCAUUUCUUUUUUACAAUAAUUCAUAUUAAUAAAAAUAAUUUUGCAAGAUUGUUAAACAAUAUGAUAUUUAGUAACACAGGGAAUUGAUAUUAAAUAAUUAAUUAUGUUAUUAUCUGUAUGCUUUGUAUUUAUUUUUUUUUUAUAAUUGAAAAUGUAAUCAUUAAGUACAAAAUAUUUAAGUGAUUUCAUUUUCACAAUAAUGAUUUCAAUUUAAGAUUCGAUAUAAUGUUUAAGUAAUAAUCAAUAUGUAAUUGUGUUUUAAGUCAGCAUGUGAGAAUUGAAAACGAGCAAUAGCCAUUUAUAUUGCAUUAUUUGUGUUAGAAGUUAACAUAAUAUAAAAGUACAUACAUUUGGUGCCAAAUAUUUAUAUCUGCAUUUCAAAGCUAUCCACAGUUUUAUAAUCACAUAGACAUUUAAAAUCGGUCUUUCUUUUAAAUACAAGGUAUUUGAAAGUUAUAACAUUUAAUAAUUAAUGAUAUAGUAUGUUAUUACAAUACCUUUGGCUACUACUCACAAGUAUAAUGCUGUAAAUAACAAAUUUGUCUUGAAGAUAUGUAUACCUAUAUAAUGCUUUUUUUUAUAUAUUUUGGAGUAUGCUACAUAUAUUUCUUCAAACUUCAACAAAUAUUGCAAAUAAUAAUAUCUUCAUUCUAAUUUAACAUCUUUUGGUGGUAUUAAAAUAGGUGGCUCACGUAUGAAACUUAAUAAUUUUUCUAAUUUCAUACGUUCUAACUCUGUAUCCGUUAAAUGGAGUUGCUUCUUUGUUGGUUUUAUUUUCAAUCUAAGAUUUGGUGAUAACUUUAAUGUAUUUAUAGUACCCCUGUUAAUAAGAAAAUUUUAUGAAUAUUUUUUGCCAAUAUGUAAUAAGUUUAUGUUCUUGUAAUUUAAAUACAAUUUACUUGUCAUCACCAACUAUGAUGAAGGGCAACUUGGUAUUAAAAGCAAGCCUUGUUAAUUUAUUCUUUUUUUUACUAACAAUUGCUUGGCUACAAAUUGAUCUGUACUUGUUCACAUUUAAAUCAAAAACAGUAACUUUUCCAUCAUUUGAUACACAAGCCAAGACAGUUGAACUAUAAGGUGCCCAUUGCACGUCUCCGAUUGGAACACCAAGAUCAAACAUAAAAAGUGGAUCUCUAUAUAAUUACAUAUUCAUUAAUUUACAUUUGCAAUUUCGCUUAUACAAGCUAUAAUACUACUUAUGUAAAACUUACGGCCUUUCAUCUUCCCAUAUUUUAAUUCUCCAAUCUCCUGAACAACUUGCAAAUAUCUUCGAAUUAUAUUUAUUGAAGACUAUACGAUACACUGGCAUAUUAUGUGCUUCAUUAUAUGUUUGCACAUAAAUACUGCUGUACGCCGUAUUACAUUUGUAAAUAUUACCUUCUUCAGUUCCAACUAAGAAUACAUGUUCAUCAGAUGGAUAAAAAGUUAUGCAGGUUCCACAGCCUAAAUAUUAUCAUUAAUGAUAAAUAAAUAUUUUUAGUAACAAGAUUUAAUUAUAAUAAAACUUCAUUUUAUAUCAACAUUCAUGUAUAUAAUAUACCUUUGAGUGUUAUCAAUGUACCAUCAGGACCUGGUAUUGGUGGUCGAUCAAGAAAUAAUGUCAUAACAGUUGUUAAACUAAGUUCCUUUUGAUUGAGAACCCAAUAAUUUAUUUUGCUAUCAAUACUAACACUAUAAAAUGCUAAAUUUCCUUCUUGCGUAUCUGGUGCCCAGCGAAUCUUUAACAAAUAUUAUAUUAUAUAGUAAAUUUAAUUGAUAUUUUUAGAAAUAUGUAACAUACCUCCCAUACAAUACCUCCAUGCUUUUGUGUAACAUCAUUACUUUUGUACUGUGGUUCUGUAGGUGGUAACAUAAUAUUAUAUACUGCUACUGAACCAUCUUUAACACCUUCAUUAAAAGAAUGUAUAAAUAAAUAA